CACGCGCUCAUCCCUAAUUCACUUUGCCUGGUUUUCUGUCCAAUUUCGCCACCAUGUCCGGCUCCGGUGCCAAUCCCUUUGCCCAGUUCCAGGAAUCCUUCACCCAGGACGGCAGCGUCUACAAGUAUUUCGAUCUGCCCUCCAUCGACAGCAAAUAUGAUUCCCUGCCCUUUUCCAUUCGCGUUCUGCUGGAAUCCGCGGUGCGCAACUGCGACAAUUUCCAUGUGCUGGAGAAGGAUGUGCAGAGCAUCCUGGGAUGGACACCAUCGCUGAAACAGGAAACCAGCGAUGUGGAGGUCUCUUUUAAACCAGCGCGUGUGAUAUUGCAGGACUUUACUGGCGUUCCCGCCGUCGUGGAUUUCGCCGCCAUGCGGGAUGCGGUCCGCGAACUAGGCGGCAAUCCGGAGAAAAUCAAUCCCAUCUGCCCCGCCGAUCUGGUCAUCGACCACUCCGUUCAGGUGGACUUUGUUCGCUCCUCGGACGCUUUGACCAAGAACGAAUCGCUGGAGUUCCAGCGCAACAAGGAGCGCUUCACCUUCCUCAAAUGGGGAGCCCGUGCCUUUGACAACAUGCUGAUUGUGCCACCCGGUUCCGGCAUUGUUCACCAGGUCAAUCUGGAGUACCUGGCCCGCGUGGUCUUCGAAAGCAACACCACCGAUGGCUCGAAGAUCCUGUAUCCCGAUAGCGUCGUUGGAACCGAUUCCCACACCACCAUGAUCAAUGGUUUGGGUGUUUUGGGCUGGGGCGUUGGCGGCAUCGAGGCGGAGGCCGUGAUGCUAGGCCAGUCCAUCUCCAUGCUGCUGCCCGAGGUGAUUGGCUAUCGGUUGGAGGGCAAACUGGGCCCUCUGGCCACCUCCACCGAUCUCGUGCUGACCAUUACCAAGCAUCUGCGUCAGCUGGGCGUCGUCGGCAAGUUCGUGGAGUUUUAUGGGCCCGGAGUGGCGGAGCUCAGCAUCGCGGAUCGCGCCACCAUCAGCAACAUGUGCCCGGAAUACGGAGCCACGGUGGGCUACUUUCCAAUCGACGAAAAUACGCUGAGUUAUAUGCGGCAGACCAAUCGCUCUGAAAAGAAGAUCGACAUUAUUCGGCAGUAUCUAAAGGCCACUCGACAGCUGCGUGACUAUGCCCUCGAGGAUCAGGAUCCCCAGUAUACAGAGUCCGUCACUCUGGAUCUCUCAACCGUGGUCACCUCGGUUUCGGGCCCCAAGCGGCCGCAUGAUCGCGUCUCGGUCUCCAGCAUGUGCGAGGACUUCAAGUCGUGCCUUACCAGCCCAGUGGGCUUCAAGGGAUUCGCCGUACCGCCAAGUGCUCUAACUGCCAGUGGCGAGUUCCAGUGGGACGAUGGAAAGAGCUAUAGAAUAGCUCAUGGAUCCGUGGUCAUUGCGGCCAUCACCUCCUGCACGAACACCUCGAAUCCCUCGGUGAUGCUGGGCGCCGGUCUGCUGGCCAAGAAUGCCGUGGAGAAGGGCCUGAGCAUUCGGCCUUAUAUCAAGACCUCUUUGUCUCCUGGUUCCGGGGUUGUUACCUACUACCUCCGCGAAUCCGGCGUGAUUCCCUACCUGGAGCAGCUGGGCUUCGAUAUUGUCGGCUAUGGCUGCAUGACCUGCAUCGGCAACUCGGGGCCGCUGGACGAGAACGUGGUGAAUACCAUCGAGAAGAACGGACUGGUUUGCUGUGGCGUUCUGUCGGGUAACCGCAACUUCGAGGGUCGCAUUCACCCGAAUACCAGGGCCAAUUAUCUCGCCAGUCCGCUGCUGGUGAUUGCCUACGCGAUAGCCGGUCGAGUGGAUAUUGAUUUCGAAAUUGAGCCACUGGGAGUGGACGCCAACGGCAAGGAUGUCUUCCUGCGCGACAUUUGGCCCACGCGCAGCGAGAUCCAGGAGGUGGAGCACAAGCACGUCAUUCCCGCCAUGUUUCAGGAGGUCUACAGUAAAAUCCAGCUGGGAUCCAAGGACUGGCAGACUUUGGAGGUGUCCGAUGGCAAGCUGUAUCCCUGGAGUGGCGUAUCCACCUACAUCAAACGUCCCCCCUUCUUCGAGGGAAUGACCCGGGAGCUGCCACAGCUGAAAAGCAUCGAGAAGGCUCGCUGUCUGCUGCUGCUGGGCGAUUCGGUGACCACCGAUCACAUCUCGCCAGCCGGUUCCAUUGCCCGCAGGAGUCCUGCAGCGCGGUAUUUAUCAGAGCGCGGCCUCACUCCCCGUGAUUUCAAUUCGUACGGCUCCCGUCGUGGCAACGACGCUGUGAUGGCGCGUGGAACCUUUGCCAACAUUCGGCUGGUGAACAAACUGGCCUCCAAAACCGGACCCAACACGCUGCACGUGCCCAGUGGCGAGGAGAUGGACAUCUUCGAUGCGGCGGAGCGGUAUGCGGGCAAGGGAACACCGCUUGUCCUGGUCGUGGGCAAGGAUUACGGCAGUGGAAGCUCGCGGGAUUGGGCCGCCAAGGGGCCAUUCCUGCUGGGCAUCAAGGCGGUGAUCGCCGAGUCGUACGAGCGCAUUCAUCGCUCCAAUCUGGUGGGCAUGGGCAUCAUUCCGCUGCAGUUCCUGCCGGGACAGAGCGCGGAAUCCUUGAAUCUGACUGGCAGGGAGCUCUACAACAUUGCCCUGCCCGAGGGCGAACUGAAGCCGGGCCAGAGGAUCCCAGUGGAGGCCGAUGGCGUCGUCUUUGAGACCACCUUGCGCUUCGACACCGAGGUGGACAUUACGUACUACAAGAACGGUGGCAUUCUUAACUACAUGAUCCGCAAAAUGCUGGAUUAGUGAUUUGUUAACUUCUAUAUUCCAUGUGCAUUUUUUACUGAUGAAUUUUUGUUAUUGCGGUGUGAUGGGAAAUAAAGUUUGACGCAUCAUUGGUAAGAUGAUGAGUAAUAAAUCUUU